AUGUUUGAUUCUGGUUCAACUAAAUCUUUUAUUAGCAAAACAACAUUAUAUCGUUCAAAACAUUUACCAAUUAAAUUUCAUAAACACCAUUAUUUGAUGGCAGACGGUUGUACAAAGUUUGAAGUUAUUGGCACUGUAAAAAUUUUCAUUGAAAUUAAUCAUAUCAAAACAAACAUAAUAGUAGGUGUCGUUAAUUCUUUAUGUACUGAUUGUAUUUUAGGAAUGGAUUAUCUUAAUAAAUAUAAAGUUAAUCUUAACAACAAACAAAAACAAGUACAAAUUUAUACGUCUAAAGAUUAUACUAUGUUACCGAUGCAACAUCAAUUAAAAAAAAUUAGAACUCCAUGUCGUUUAAGGCAUUCCAUACAUUUACAUCCAUAUCAAGAACGACCAAUAAAAAUUACUUCCGAAGUACCUUCAGGACAAUUCUUAUUUUCCCCUGCCUAUGCUAUGACAAAUAUACGGGGUUUAAUUAUACCAUAUUCAUUAAUUUCAAUAAAAAAUUAUGUGUUUUGGAUUUCUAUGUAUAAUCCAUCAGCCCAACCAUGUUAUUUACAUAAAAAUGUUAUUGUUGGUAUUGCAACAUCAUUAGAUUCUAAUACGAGCAUUUCUCCCAUUUUUAAUUUACAAACAAAAGAAAAAAAUGACAAAGAUCAUACAAAUUCAUUAAUCAAUAAUAGUGAACAAAACAUCCAUAGUUUAUUAAAGCAUAUACAAGAUGCACAACACGUCAAUGAUUUAACGAUUAUAUUAAAGAAACAUCGGUCUUUAUUUGAUACAACAAAAACAACAAUUGCUGAAACACCAACACCUCAUGUUAUUUGUACUGGUGAUAACCCGCCGACAACAUCUCGGCCAUACCCACAAACUAGUGAAAAACAAAAUGCAACUUUUGAUAGCAUUCAACAAAUGUUAAAGCAUAAACAAAUUCGGGCAUCCCAUUCUCAAUAUUCAGCACCAAUUCUAUUAAUUAAAAAACGUGAUGGUUCAUAUCGAUUUAUUGUUGAUUAUCGUAAAUUAAAUAGUAUAACAAUUCAAGAUAAUUAUCCAUUACCAAACCUGGAACAAACUAUACAAAUGGUUGGUGGUCAUCAAUAUUAUACAAAAUUAGAUCUUCGUUCAGGAUAUUUUCAAAUACCUAUUCGUGAAGAAGAUAAACAUAAAACGGCGUUUAUUACUGUUCAUGGACUUUAUGAAUUCAAUGUGUUAGCUCAAGGUCUCAAAAAUAGUCCACCAUCAUUUCAAAGAAUUAUGUCAAAUAUUUUAUUAUCAUGUAAAAAAUUUUGUUUAAUUUAUUUGGAUGAUAUAUUAAUUUAUUCUGAUUCAUUUACCCAACACAUGGAUCAUUUAAAUCAAGUAUUAGAUAUUCUCAAUAAACAUAAAUUUCAACUUAAUCCACAAAAAUGUGAAUUAGCAAAAACAGUUAUUGAUUAUUUAGGUCACACAAUCAGUAUUCAAGGUAUUAAACCAUUACAAGAACGUAUUGAAAAAAUUUUAGCUAUUCCACAACCAACAACAUUAAAUCAAGCUAAUGCUUUUAUUGGUGCCAUUGGUUGGUACCGCAAAUUUAUUAAUGAUUAUGCAAAAAUAGCCGCACCAAUAUUAGCAGUUACAAAUUUAACUAAAAAUAAUAAACAUAAUUUUAAAUGGGAAGAAUCACAACGAGAAGCUUUUGAUCAAUUAAAAACAGCUAUUACAUCUGAACCAUUAUUUUUAACUUAUCCUGAUCCAAAUGCACCUCUCAUUUUAUCAACUGAUGCAUCAGAUUAUUGUAUUGGUGGUGUCUUGUAUCAAGAAAUUAAUGGUGAACGAAAAAAUAUUUAUUUUUAUUCUCAAAUGUUACCAAAAUUACAACGAAAAUGGCCAACAAUUGAAAAAGAAGCAUUAGCUAUCUAUUAUUGUGUUACACGUAUGAAAUUAUAUUUACAAGGUCGUGAAUUCAUUGUUCAAACGGAUCAUUGUCCAUUACGUAAUAUGCAUUUAAAACCAUCCAACAAUCGUCGAGUUGAUCGUAUAUCAUUAAUAUUACAACAAUACAAUAUUAAAGAAAUUCGUCACGUGUCAGGUAAAUGUAAUUGUAUGGCUGAUUAUUUAACUAGGUAUCCACGUCAAUUAGAAGAUGAUGAUGAAUUUUUCGAUUCUGAUUUUGGUAUUAUACCAGCAUUAAAAACUGAUGUAGAUAAAAAACAAGUAGAUAAAAACAAAUUAGUUACUCCACCUUUUAUUAGUGCAGCAACAACUCGUGCUCAAGCCAAAGCUAAAGCACAUCAAAUACCAUCAAAUAAUAUUGAUAAUCCUCCGAAUCAUGUAGCAUUGACAGAUGAUCCACCUCCACGAGAGGCAGGUCAUGAUUUUGAUAUUGCACAAAUUGCUGAAGCUCAAAAAGAAGAUAAAUUAUAUCAAGAAAAAUUAUUAGAAAUAAAUGAAAAACAAACCAACUGCUCAUAUGUAUUAGAAAAUGGCAUAUUGUAUAAAAUAAUUAAUCGUGGUAUGUUUAAACAAAAAUUAAUUUAUAUUCCUUCUUUGAUAUUACAGCGAUUAUUAAAGGCUUAUCAUGACAGUCCUUGGGCAGGACAUUUUGGUUUUCGUCGAACUUAUUUAAAAUUGAAAAAUAGGUACUGGUGGCCGAAUAUGAAAAGCAUUAUCAAGAAUUAUAUUCAAAAUUGUAUGUUAUGUCAAAAAUUUAAUAUUGAACGUCGUAAAUCAUCUGGUUUAUUACAUCCUAUUGAAUCACCAUGUGGUCCUUUUCAACUUAUUGGAAUUGAUUAUUCUGGACCAUUUCCAAUCACACCUCAAGGAAAUAAAUAUGUUUUAGCAAUUACUGACUAUUUUACUAAAUGGGUUAUUGCUAUUCCAUUACCUAAUCAAACAGCCCAAACAACAGCUGAAGCUUUAUAUGAACAUUAUAUAUGUAUUUAUGGUGUACCGAUGAGAAUUCUUUCUGAUCAAGGUUCUCACUUCAAUAAUGAAUUAAUGGUGGCAUUUACUCAAUCAUUAGGUUGUCAUCACAUAAAAUCAACUCCAUAUCAUCCACAAACGAAUGGUGCUAUUGAGAGAUUCAAUUCAACAUUUGAACGUCAAUUAGCAAAAUUAACUGAUCAACAAAUUAAUGAUUGGGAUAUUCAUCUAAAAUCAAUUACAUUCGCGUACAACACGGGACAACACGCAACAACGAAAUUCUCACCAUAUCAAUUACAAUUUGGGCGAAAUCCUACAUUACCACCUGAUAUGCCACGAAGAUCUUAUGAAUUUUCCAAACCAAAUGAUUAUUUUCAUCACUUCAAACAAACACUGAAAAUUUAUCACCAACACGCAACCAUGAACAUCAAACAACAGCAGCAAAUUUACAAGAAAUAUUUCGAUCAUAAUCGCCCUGAUAUCUACUACUCAACUGGUGAUCAAGUACUUAAACGAAUUACCACUCAAUACACUAAAUUGGGCGAACUUUAUUCUGAUCCUAUGGUUGUUGUUCAAAGCAAACAUCCAACUUAUUGGAUAGAAGACCCAACAACAUUAACCGCAUUCAUUAUUCGACAACCAACAUUAUUAUCAAAUGAACAAUUUUGUUUACAAUUACUUCAAGAUUUAAAACAAUCAUUAUAUUGUGCGCAUUUUCCAUCAUCAAUAACAAUAUUAAUUAAAAAUGAUAAUGAUAUAUUAUAA